CGCGCCGCCGGCCCCGCGUGCGCCUCCGCUCCGAGCGCACGGCCCCGGGCAGGCAGCGGGCAGCCCAUCCCUGGCUCGGCCGCCCUGCUUUCUGGCCCUCUCUGCGCGCCUGCCCUCCCUCAGCUGCCCCCGGCCCCCCUCCCCGGCGGCACCGUGAGCGCCCCCCCGCCCCCCCCCGCUCCCCCCUCGGCGGCUCGCUCCCCACGGGCACCUGGGACCGGCACAUGCCCAGCGCACGCGGCACGCCGCGCUGCUAGAAGUUGCAGCCCCGGAGUUGGAGGCCGCCGAGGACCGAGCGCAGGAGGAAGGAGGCUCCGGCGGCGGCGGGCGGGCGAGGCGGCGGCGGCGAGCCCCGGGCCUGGCCCGGCCCCGCGCACCGCUCGCGUCCCGGAAAGUGGAGCUGCAACUUGGCCGCGACUGAACCUGUUUGCACCGCUCCGCCGAGGGCGACCCGGCUGCGGCGGCGACGGCGAUCCCGGCCCUCGGCCUCUUUGGCAAGUGGUUUGUGCUGCAGAGAAACUUUCCACCUGUGAGCCGGACCGGCGCUAAGUGCGUGUGUUUUUGCCUCUUUUUUGUUGCUGUCGCCUCCACCUCUCCCCAUUCUUCUCUCUGCCAGGACCUCUCCCCGCGACCCACGUCUCGUUCCGUCUGAGCCCCUCUCCGUCCCCCCCGCCCCCCGGCUGUCUAUGCUCCAGGCCCCCUCCUCGCGGUGCCGGUGAACCCGCGAGCCGCCCCGAUGUACAGCAUGAUGAUGGAGACCGACCUGCACUCGCCCGGCGGCGCCCAGGCCCCCACGAACCUGUCGGGCCCGGCCGGGGCGGGCGGGGGCGGCGGCGGCGGCGGCGGCGCGGGAGCCAAGGCCAACCAGGACCGGGUGAAGCGGCCCAUGAACGCCUUCAUGGUGUGGUCCCGCGGACAGCGGCGCAAGAUGGCCCAGGAGAACCCCAAGAUGCACAACUCGGAGAUCAGCAAGCGCCUGGGCGCCGAGUGGAAGGUCAUGUCCGAAGCCGAGAAGCGGCCUUUCAUCGACGAGGCCAAGCGGCUGCGCGCGCUGCACAUGAAGGAGCACCCGGACUACAAGUACCGGCCGCGUCGCAAGACCAAGACGCUGCUCAAGAAGGACAAGUACUCGCUGGCCGGCGGGCUGCUGGCGGCAGGCGCGGGCGGCGGCGGCGCGGCCGUGGCCAUGGGCGUGGGCGUGGGUGUGGGCGCGGCGGCCGUGGGCCAGCGCCUCGAGAGCCCGGGCGGCGCGGCGGCCGGCGGCUACGCGCACGUCAACGGCUGGGCCAACGGCGCCUACCCCGGCUCGGUGGCGGCGGCGGCGGCCGCCGCGGCCAUGAUGCAGGAGGCGCAGCUGGCCUACGGGCAACAUCCGGGCGCGGGCGGCGCGCACCCGCACGCGCACCCGGCGCACCCGCACCCGCACCACCCGCACGCGCACCCGCACAACCCGCAGCCCAUGCACCGCUACGACAUGGGCGCGCUGCAGUACAGCCCCAUCUCCAACUCGCAGGGCUACAUGAGCGCCUCGCCCUCGGGCUACGGCGGCCUCCCCUACGGCGCCGCGGCCGCCGCUGCCGCCGCCGCGGGCGGCGCGCACCAGAACUCGGCCGUGGCGGCGGCGGCGGCGGCGGCGGCCGCGUCGUCGGGCGCCCUGGGCGCGCUCGGCUCGCUCGUCAAGUCGGAGCCGAGCGGCAGCCCGCCGGCCCCGGCGCACUCGCGGGCGCCGUGCCCCGGGGACCUGCGCGAGAUGAUCAGCAUGUACUUGCCGGCCGGCGAGGGCGGCGACCCGGCGGCGGCGGCCGCAGCCGCGGCGCAGAGCCGGCUGCACUCGCUGCCGCAGCACUACCAGGGCGCGGGCGCGGGCGUCAACGGCACGGUGCCCCUGACGCACAUCUAGGGACGCGGGGGGCCCUGCGGCCGGCGACGCGCCGCCUGGCUUUUGUACAGACGUUUCCACGUUCUCGUAAACAGGCAAACACUGGCGCCGAGCACCAGGUGACACCCGGCCCCCCUAACCGGGAGCUCCUGGGGACCGCUAGGCGGGACCGUUGUGCGUUUGAGACUGAACUUCGGUGUUUUCUUGAGACUUUUUGUACAGUAUUUAUCACCCGCGGAGGCAGAAAGCGUUUUCUUUGCUCGAGGGGACACAGAGACCAAACCAAGCGAGAGGCGACGCCAGCUUUUUUCGAUCCCGGCCGCGCGCCCGCCCUCCGCCCGCAUCGCCUCCUGACGGCGUCGGGUGCCGGCGACGCGGGGAGCUGCUCUCAUUUGUUAUCGGUGUAGUGAGCCAGAGCCAAACACUCGCUUUUGGUGGUCGUUACCGCCUUGGGGGCUUGGUUGGUUAACUUAUACCAAGAGAUCCCCACCUGUACCCCUUUCAGACGGCAGCGGUAUUCUGGGUUUUGUAAAACUUUCUGUAUCUGAGCAUUUCCGGUUUUUUGUUUUGUAUUAUUUCAUGUAAACGCGUUGUGAAGUUUUUAUUGGAGGCGUUGCGGUGUGGGCAGGAGGAUUCAGAUUAUGUACAUAGUUUCCUGAAAAGCUUUUCUUCUCGAAACGGUAAAGGAACCUCCACCCUGAAAAUGCAUCGAACUUUGAGUCAAUAAAUUUGAGAGAGAGAAGUCCGGUUUUUCCCCCUAAACUUGAAACGUGCUAAAUUUAGAUUCAUGUUUUAUGAGCUCAAAACACAAUCAGUAAAUCUGACUAAGGAGAAAGAAAAAUUAUCAGCAUGAACUAAAACUGAGGGAACCCCAGGGGAGAGGGUACGGUUUUCAUGGAGCUGCAUUCAGAGGAACGGAGGGAAGUUAAAAUCGGUAGAUUAUUUUGUAGCGUUUACAGUGUUAUUACGGAACGAGAAAUAAUUGCCCCCCCCCCAAAAAAAUUUUAGUUUUGUAGUCCGGCCGUUGGGUGUGUAGUUUUUAGCUGCCGGCCGCUGCCGGCGGGCUUUGCGAUCCCUGGUUUCGGGCUUUGCCUCUUGCAGCUGGCCCGGGACCUGAGUGCAGUUUGGGGCGGAGGAGGGAGGAGAGAAGACCCCAAUGGCGGGACCAGGCCAAGGAUGGAUGACAGAGACCACGGCGGGGGCGCGGGGGCCCCCGACUCCCGGGCAGUUAACAAGAUUGCAAGUGGAAUUUUCUGAAUUUGGCGCAAGGAAACGCAGUCUCUAAACUAAAAUGUACUGCAACCGAGGCCCCUCCGUCUAUCCUCAGCCCCUCCCUCUGGUAUAUUUCUCCUUGGAAAGGGACAAAAUAAUUUUGUUGGAUUUUCACACACACAGAACCGACCGCCCCCACAUGCCCCGCCGUGACACUGGGAUGCAAGUUGCUAGCCGAUGUGAACGCAAAAUGCGGUGUUUAUUAUUCCUAAUGAGAUCUGAGGUUGUUUGAUGCUUUAAAUUUUUUAAUUAUAUUUUUUCUAGGUGUUUAUUGGUACAUUGCAGUUUUUUUCUGGAUUUUAAAGUUUUCUGUAAAACUUUGUCUUCAAGUAAUCUGACAGCAUUAAAUAUUGCAUUUAAAAGUUAUACUGUAGCAAAUACGUUUUGACAUUAGUCACAGCAUAAAGAUGAAAUAUUUUUGAAAAGAACAAACUUUUAGGCCAGAUGGAAAUAUGUUGAUUUCAUCAACCCCUCAUUUUCUUAACAUCUUUUUUUUUUUUUUUUUUUUUGGUACUGGAAUGAGCAUAGACUAUCCUUCCAAACAUGGGCCUAUGCUAGCAGGUUAAUGAGAACUACAUUCAGGCUGUGCUGGAGAAUAGCUUUAAGUAAAAUGCUCAC